AUGGUGUCCACUACUGACUGCAUGGACAAGUCCAUCACUGCAAAUAGGGUUUCUAAACCGCUGAUGGAGAAAAAACGACGGGCUCGUAUUAACAAAUGUUUGGACCAGUUGAAAUGUCUUCUGGAGAGCGACUACAGUAGCAGUAUUCGUAAGCGCAAAUUGGAGAAGGCAGAUAUCCUGGAGUUCACCGUGAGACACGUCAAGCACCUCCAGAAGACUCAGACAUGUACGCCAUUCCCAUAUUUUUGCAGGCGUGGUGAGCUCUCCGACUACCAAAAAGGCUUCCAAAGUUGUCUGGCCAACUUCGACCACUACCUGUUGGUGGCCGACAAAAACGUCACCGACAGGAACCGCCUGAAGUUGGCGCAGUUGCGCGCCAAGCUGUGCGUCGGCGGUGCGCCGCGGGACACGAUCAGCACCAUGGACAGCGGCGCAUCGCAGCAGUUGGCGAGGAGAGCCGAGGAGGACGAGUCGAGCUCGGCUGUGCGGGGCCGUGACAGUGAGCACACUCGUGGGUCCAAACACUGUGGGCUUAUCACGGCCACCUCACCCAAAGACACACGUGGGAAAAGCGCCACUCGGAAGAAGUCCACGUGUCCCAGUGAGGGCGGCGCCACUCAGGACAAAGUGUGGCGACCGUGGUAG